CCGAGUCAGCAAGGCGGGGCCAGCAGAGGGCGGGACUGAAGGGACUAUGGCGAAGGAUUCGAAUUCCGAAGGAGUUAAUUCGCCGGUGGAGCUACGGUGGCAUUGGAGUUUGCUUCCUCACUUCCCCAAAACUUCGAGAGGAAGUCCUCUGUUGAGCAGAGACAUUAAAAUUCUAACCACCAUAGCCAAUUCGGGUCAUAAACAACCAAAUGAAUGGGAGCAACUGUGGCCUUGGCAAGUCCAGAAACAUAGGUUACACAUGAGGAUAAUUUGCUAAGACAUCAAGCUAUGCAGAAAAACUCCGAGAGGAACCAUAAUUCAAGAAUUUCUGGCAUAGAAUUGAAUUCUGUGGAUGCUGAGAAGGAAAAAAAAAAGAGUCAAAAUAACUUUGUUGAACUGCUACCUCCAGAAGUUACUUUUAAAAUUUUCAGUCAGCUAGACAUUGGGAGUCUGUGCAGGGCUUCACUAACCUGCAAGAGCUGGAAUAACAUAGUAAGAAACAGUGACUCCUUGCGGAAACCUCAUUGCUUGACUCUAGGAACUGUAUGCCAAAGAGAAAUAGACGAUGAUCUAGAAAGUGGAUACUCCUGGAGAAUAAGUUUAGUCUUUGUAGUCUGUAGUGUUUUUGACAAUGUGGUGGUAGGCCAACUCCACCUUCUGCAUGAGGAGGUAAUACUACUGAGGAAUUACCAGAAGAGUAAAGUGAAACACGAAUGGCUAAGUGGCAGAUACAGCAACAUAUGUUCUCCUCUGAGCCUACCAGAAAAAAUCAUGUACCCAAUGGAUGUAGAUACAUGGGGGGAAAUUCUAGAAGCAGAACUGGAAAGAAAAGCUGAAAAAUUACCAAGAUCUUAUAACUUUGAGACUUUGAAACUAAAAUAACUCUUGGGUUCAUUUUUUUGUUGUUGUUUACCAUUUUAAUGUUUAACAUUUAGAAGAAAACUAAGUAGAAAAUAAU